AUGGCCUCUGUGAUGUUGCUUCCAGGAAGGAAGCAACGCCAGGUAAUUUAGGCUGCAUUCAGCUUGGUAGGUCACUCACUGUGUCCACCCUGCCUUGCUCAGCUGUUCUAGCAGCAAGAGGGCAACCAUGGAAGUGCUGGAGAAUAUAUCUUGCAAUCUCAGUAAUGUAUCUUGCUUUGUCAAUGUACAUCAAGUUUACAGUACAGUGGUACUUUGGGUUAAGUACUUAAUUCGUUCCUGAGGUCCGUUCUUAACCUGAAACUGUUCUUAACUUGAAGCACCACUUUAGCUAAUGGGGCCUCCUGCUGCCGCUGUGCCGCCGGAGCACAAUUUCUGUUCUUAUCCUGAAGCAAAGUUCUUAACCUGAGGUACUAUUUCUGGGUUAGUGGAGUCUGUAACCUGAAGUAUAUGUAACCUGAAGUGUAUGUAACCCGAGGUACCACUGUAAGUAGUUUUAGUCUGCAGUAAUCCCGUUGUUACAACCAAUUAUGUGAUAUCAUUUGGUAUUAUUAUUAUUUUUUCAAAAUAGAACAAGUGACUAAGCCUUCUGUCAUCCACAUUUGUCUGUGUUCAGGCUCCCGGCCUCCAAGACCAGAUGUUUGAGAAGAUGUAUCUAUCUACUCCCAGCUUUUCUUAGCAGUGUCGGGCAGUGCUUUUUCCUGGGGGGGGCACAGGGGUACGCACACCCCUAACCAUUUUGUGAAUCUAAGUUAGGCCUCAUUGAGGGGCAGUAUUUCAAAAUGAGUAGGAAAAUGAGAGUACCCUUAAACAUUUUCUUUUAGAAGAAAAGCACUGCUGUCGGGCACUCAUAACACUUCCCUUAAUCCAACUCACACAUGUUGCAAGAUGUAAAACACUACACUCCAGGUCCUGAAAGCCCCAUUUAUACUGAUAUGAAGGUGCUUUUCUGUACUAAGUUUGCAUACCACUGCAAUAUGAGUAUGAGUAUUGGAACUGCAUGGAGUAGCGCAAUUGGGUGACACUUUUCCUACUCAGUUACCACCCACUGGGGAGGGAAAGGGGAGAAGAGGAUGUUGAAAGAAGGGCCACAUUACUGGUCUGGCCAAUGAGUGUCUGGUAUCCAUAUGUGCACAGAAGUUAUGUGGAAUCUUCUGCAUAAGCAACUAGCUCAAUUCCUGCUAACAUUAUAUAUGAGUAAAACGGAAAUGUCCUUAGAAAGGACAGGUGCCUCUUCUCCAGGGGCAACUCCGCUUCCAUAUCACGAAACCUGCUCAGAAAACGUACCCCACAAUCAUGUUCCCCAGCUGUGUUGGUCAUAGAAUCAUAGAAUUGUAGAGUUGGAAGGUACACCAACCCCUUGUAAUGCAGGAAUCUCAGCUAAAGCAUCCGUUACAGGUGGCCAUCCAACAUCUGCUUAAAAACCUCCAAGGAAGGAGAGUCCACAACCCCCUGAGGGACUGUUCCACUAUUGAACAGCUCUUACUGUCAGAAAGUUUUUUCUGUAUGUUUAGUUGGAAUCUCCUGUCUUGUAACUUAAGCCAUUGGUUCGAGUCCUACCCUCUGUACAGCUUAGCCUGAAGUUUACAUGAAUGGGAUCAGCAUCCCUGGAAUCAAAUGUGUUUCUGUGCUGUUACCCACCCUGAGAUCUGUGGAUGAAGGCCGGUAUACUAACUAACUAACUAACCAACCAACCAAAUGAAUGAAUAAGUCCCGCCCAAAUCAGAACUAUUUAAAUUACCCUAUAGGUAUUUGGCACACACACCCAUCUCCUGGUAGAAUUUUUUUUGAAAUAAUAUCCAUUUCAUUGGCCAAGUCAUCAGCUUCUGCACUACACACUUAGCUUGCAUUCUUUGUCUUCCUUUUAGAGACUUGGAAAAUUAAUUACCCCUUGCUACUUCCUUAUCUGGUAUACUCUCUUGUUUGUACUGGUGGAAGGGAACUGCAGCAAUCAGUGACUGAGACUGCAGAUUUUUCAAGUCAUUCUCACAUUCUGGAUUGAUUGUGGCUGUUCAGUGCCAUGGGUCACAUUGUGUCAUAUACUACCGUUCUUGAUCACUCUUCUGUCAAGCCAAGACACCAAUCUAAUAUCUUUGUAUCUCCCCAGAGCAUGUGCUUAAUAUCAGGUUAUGUUUUAUUUGUGUUGUUGAAAGUUCCACUUAAUGGUGUCACACACUCUAAUGUGCCCAGUUGUGACUUAAAAACUCAGCAACAACAUUGGGGCAAGCCUUUGUUUCCCUCCAACUAUCUUAUUUCGAUCAGGGCAGCUACAGCUUUUACAAUAAGAGGAAAUCUCACCUUCCUACUGUUCAAAUUAUUAGCACUUCUGUUUGUUUGUUAGAGAAUACAUUACAGCACAUUCAUUCAACGUGUCCUGUGUAGUCUUUUGCAAUGGAUCUAUGGGAAAUAUUUGUUUCCCUCUCUUGUGUGACUCGUAAUGAGAAAUGAGAAGGGGGGGAGCACUCUUUAGAUAUAUAAAUGUAAUAACAUUUUUGGUGUUACUUUGCUUUGCUUUACUCAGUGCAGACGCUUUGCAAUUUAAUAGACCUAACUUAUAUAAAUUGUAUUAAAUAAAAUAAAAUAAAUAUCACUUGAUUGUUAGAAAACCUCUACACAGUUUACAAAAAAAAUCAACUAAAACAUUAACAUUAUUGAUAAAAACAGUUAAAGACUGGUGUCAUGUUCAUUAAUUUUUGAGUACUCAGAAAUUCUGUUAUUCAUUAAUACUCUGAGUAACACUUAGUUGACUUCCACACUUUGGUUAGCUUAGCUUAUUUAAUGAUGGCUAGGCCUGGGGAUAGAUUGCUAGGCCUGGUACCCACAAACUUGUAACAUUGCAUUAUCCCUUUUGACAUUCUGUCACUUUGUUAUUGCUUCAUUCUUCCUGAAAUAGUUGCUUCUUUUUCAGCCCACCUAUCUUCUCUUAGCUCCCGGGGGUCCCUGGCCACAUUUUGUUUGGUCUUCUGACUCUCCUACCCUCAGUUCCUCAAAUGUCUCCCAAUAUCUUUAGUGGGCCUUUGAAGAGAUGCAGUUAGAAAUAUUUGAUUCUGAUCUUCUUAGUUUUACAGGGGAACCUCUGGCAAUGUGUAUUAUGAAAAUGUGGGCAGCAGCCAGCCCUGCUGCAUUUUGGGGGUCCUAUUGUCUUUCUUCUGUGUGGGUGCCACUGGGUCUACCCUUUAUCUUUUGCUGCCCACUUUACCAGAAUACCCCAUGUAUGACCCUCUCUCUUCAAACUUUACCUCAAGUUCCAUCUCUUGUGUGAAGGCUUUGACUUAACCUCUGCUACUCCUUUCCCAGUUGAAGAAAAUGUCAUGCCAUACGUUUAAAGUGCUCUUAUAUCACUUUAAUAGCCACAGAGAAUCUUAGGAACUGUAGUUAGCUAAGAGGGCUUGGAAUCGUACAUCUGUAAGGCCAGGAGUCAACAGUUUGUUGACUCUUGAAGUGGUGUGAAAGUGUGCUUUAAAUGUAUGCUCUGGAUUUUACCCUGGUUGCAUCCAUCCCUUGCUUCCCUUGGUUGUUGUCUUACUUCAACCCUCCCAUCAAACCGUAGAUGGAAAGUAAUCAGGACUAGUGACUCUCUUGCAUCCCCCCACCUUCUUCUGCAAAGUGUCAUGUCCACGAAAAGAACAGGAAUCCAAUUGACUUCCCCCGUCCCUUCUCCCUUUCCCCUUGAAACUGAGUUGCUCUCUGGUUCAUAUUAUCUCUGGGCCAUGUUUUGGAUUGUUAUUAGCAACUUGAGAUGACCUGGGGGAAUAAUAUGCCUGCAUAUAUAUAUAUUUUUCCAAAACAAAAAUAUCUUCUCUCCACUGUAAUCAAGUCAGUCAGCAGGUCAGCUUACAUGGAAAUAAAAUGAAGAGAUAAAUGUAGCAGCAGCCGUGUCAGAGCACUAGAAAUAGCUUGUGAGUCCUGACAAUGUAAAGAGACUAACAAAGCUUCAUGGAAUUUACUUGUUCCAAACUUUUUUUUUAAUGUGAAUUAUGUAACUAUGCUGAGAGUUUUCUUUUUGAAUUAGCCAAGCAUAAAAAGCAAUGCAUGGUCUUUCUCCUUCUUUGGAAGUGUUAUACCUCCAGUGGGAUGUGAGAAUUUUCUGUUUGAGCAGCAGGAGCCACACCUCAUUUCUUUCUCCAUGGGGCUGGAGCACCACUGAGACCUUCCACCAUAUUCAAACUGAUUUAAUUAGAAAUGGGAGGCAUGUUGAUAGUGAUUCAUUCAAAGCUCAGUAGCAAAUCAACAUUACGCCCUCUGAAAAGGAGGGGGCAAGAUUGCCGUUGCCUUUUUGCAUCACACAUUGGAAGGAGCAUGGUCCAAACAAUCUUAGACACACAAGUCCAUUUCCAGUGGGAAAUGUAAAGGUAAAGGGACCCCUGACCAUUAAGUCCAGUUGUGACCAGCUCUGGGGUUGCGGCGCUCAUCUUGCUUUAUUGGCCGAGGGAGCUGGCGUGCAGCUUCCAGGUCAUGUGGCCAGCAUGACUAAGCCGCUUCUGGCAAACCAGAGCAGCGCUUGGAAACACCGUUUACCUUCCCGCCAGAGCGGUACCUAUUUAUCUACUUGCACUUUGACGUGCUUUUGAACUGCUAGGUUGGCAGGAGCAGGGACCGAGCAAUGGGAGCUCACCCUGUCGCGGGGAUUUGAACCAUCAGCCUUCUGAUCAGCAAGGCCUAGGCUCUGUGGUUUAACCCACAGUGCCACCCGGCAUAUUAAAAAACUUGGCUGUUCUUUGGCUGCAUAGAGUGCUAUGCAGUCUAAGUGUGUGUAAAGCCCUAGAUGACUUGGGACUAGGCAAGUCAGAGAAUCCCUGAAAAAAAGAUUCAUAUAUGUCAUAAAAUUCCUUUGCGAAGUGGUACAGUCAAACCUCAUGUUGAAAGGCUGCUGGCAGUAAGUUCUACUUCUAAUGUGGGUAGACAUGUUUUAUGAAUGAGACCAUGCUCAAUAUGAAUGUGCAAAGACCUUUCUUUGUGUGCUUCCUUUCACGGGCCUGGAUGGCAACUGCUGUGCAUCCUUAAUAAUGCUGUGGUUUUUGCACCCCAGUGAGAUUCAUGUGAAUAUACAAUAUAUCUGCUCAUCAAACUGAAAUAUACAUCCCAAAUACUACUAUGCUCUGUGUGUGUGUGUGAACAAUUGUUUAAAAAUAAGCCAGGAGCAGGAAACGAUGCCAGAGAAACAGAGAUGUAAAAUAAGUAUGGAAGAAUAAUAGGUGUAAGUCCCACUGAACUCAGUGGGGCUUACACCUGAGUAGACAUGGAAUAGGAUUGUGUUAUAUGUAAAACACUGAUUUUUCCACAUUAGGAACUGGAGUAUACUAGUGUGCUAUGAGAGGAGGCUGGCACAUGUACAGUGGUACCUUGGGUUACAAACACCUCGGGUUACAAACACCUUGGGUUACAGACUCCGCUAACCCGGAAUUAGUACCUUGGGUUAAGAACUUUAUCGCAGGAUGAGAACAGAAAUCAUGCGCUGGCGGCGUGGCGGCAGCGGGAGGCCACAUUAGCUAAAGUGGUACCUCAGGUUAAGAAUGGUUUCAGGUUAAGAACAGACCUCUGGAACGAAUAAGUUCAUAACCAGAGGUACCACUGUACUGAAAAAUGUUAGUUAUUAUGUUGCUGCCUUCAUCUCAAAGCAACAUGCCCCUCAAACCCUAACACUGACCAUCUUUUUGCUGAUGUACAGUCUUGACAUUCUGAGGAAGGGUUUGUUGCUUGCUUGCGUUGCGGGUUAAACCACAGAGCCUAGGACUUGCCGAUAAGAAGGUUGGCAGUUCGAAUCCCCGCGAUGGGGUGAGCUCCCGUUGCUCGGUCCCUGCUCCUGCCAACCUAGCAGUUCGAAAGCACGCCAAAGUGCAAGUAGAUAAAUAGGUACUGCUCUGGUGGGAAGGUAAACGGCGUUUCCGUGCGCUGCUCUGGUUCACCAGAAGCGGCUUGGUCAUGCUGGCCACAUGACCUGGAAGCUGUACACCGGCUCCCUCGGCCAAUAAAGUGAGAUGAGCGCCGCAACCCCAGAGUCAGCCACGACUGGACCUAAUGGUCAGCGGUUCCUUUACCUUUACUGCUUGGUUUUACUUAUAUGCUGCUUUCCCACAAUGAGCUUACAGCAAACAUUCAAACAUUUCCCACAAUGAGCUUACAGCAAACAUUACAGCAAAUGGCUUACAGCAAACAUUCAAAAUAGAGAAGGAAGGAAAUAAUGGCCUGCUGGUAUUUUCUGAUGCAGCCUGUGCUAGAGCCAAUGAGUGUGGAGGGAAAUCCCUGAAGCAUCACUAUUGGUCACUGAAGGAAGUAUGAGACUACAGAAGGCACUAUUGAUUUUGUUUUCUGAAGACCUCUUCAUUAUUCUGGAAGGUAAUAAAAAACACACCCAUAACAAACAAACAAAAAAUGAUACUUUUUCAGGGUACAGUGAGGUGUGUCCAUAAUUUUAGUCAUGGAUAAAAUGCCAUCCGGAAAGUCUCUGAAUAGAAUGAGGCACAUUCAUGGGGGGGUGGUCAACUCAAUGGAAUCUGCAUAUUCAUAAGCAGCAUACUGUGAUCGUUUAUUUAUUUAACUUGUUAGCUGGUUAACACAAACUGAAAAAGUCUCUAAGCAACUUACGGAAAUCGAUGAUGCUAGGGACAAACAGGAAGAGGGAAGUAGGACAUAGAAUCACAGAAUUGUAGGUGAUGGCUUCAUGGAGGGUUUGUUCUUUCUGUCUGUUAGUAUGUUGUGUAUUUUUGCUGGCUGGAUCUGUUGGGAGUUGGUGUCCAAUGACAUCUGGAGCUCCAGGGAUUUCUCACCUCUGCUUUAAAAGCAUCUAGUUGGCUCUUGCUGAUAACAGAAUGCAAGGCCACGUGGACCCUUGGCCUGAACCACUUCAAAACAUAAAUUUCAGCCACCAAUUUCAUUCCUGGCAGUCAACUGCUCAUAUGAGCAGUGAAAUGUGUGUGAGGAAGUCAAGGGUUUCAGGCAGGGCAACACGCACUGCUCCUGAAAAAUAUGAAUAAAUCUGCUGCCAGGGUUUGUGAGCUUCCUGUUCACACACUUGACAUCCCUUGUGCAAAAUAAUAUCACUGUGGAAGAGGAAGAAAACGAUCACUGGGUUCUUUCCCUCAGUAUCUCUUCAGCGUCCACGAAAUGCUGACAGGAUUCAUUGCCAGGAUUCUCGCACCAUCCCUACCCUUCCCAUUUCCAGGAAUGCCCUUGGGUGUCAGAGUUCAUUGAAUACAGUUUUAACAGUGUCGGCUAUUUGAAUUUUGAAAUAACACAAGUCUGUAACUAUAAGAACCAAUGGAUGCUCAAUCCGAGUGGAAGCGUGUGGUGUCGAUUGUGGUGGCCGUAGUUUGAAGCCUUUAUUUAGUCAGCUGGCAAAACAUCCAAUCUCUCAGCAUUAAAUUUUAUGGCAAAGGAGCGGAGUGACUGAACUGUUUUCUUUUCUCUCCCCCCUUCUGUUAUAUAUUGCUUACAUGGUCUAGUUCUCAAAACCACAGCCAUUGAUCUUUAAAAUGUGUGUGUGUGUGUGUGUGUGUGUGUGCGCGUGCGUGUUAGUGUUACUGGUAGCCACACUAUACUGUAACAUUUAUGGACUCUAUAAAAUCUUACAUCGUUUUGGUCUUUCCUCAGAAGAGCUUUAUGCCAGAUAGCAUGAAAGUUUCAUGCUAAACUCGUCUAUGGCCAAAUCAUUCAGAAGAAUUCUGCACCUGAGUUGCUUUAAUAUAGGACAACCUGCAGCUUUACAGAGACCUUCCUCUGUAGCUGCCCUUUCAGGUGGAGACAGAUGUGCAAUUUUAAAUUGUGGUAGGAUUGAACACACACAUCUUGCAUUCCAAGGCAUUUGUUUUCAGCACAGAGGAGGGAUUCCAAAAUGGCUCCUGUCACGGCAUGCACAGUGACCUACCAUAAGCUCAUGAUUCUCCCCAAGUAUAACCCAGGUGCCAAAAAUGUUGAUUACCAGGCAGCACUCAGCUGUGUACUUCACCUAAGGUCAUAAGAAACUCACUUUUGGCUCACAGCAUUCAUUUUGGUCCCUAACAGAGGAAUCCUAAUGCAGCAAAGGUUUGGGUGUGAGCCCCACAGGUGAAAAUACAUGUCUAGGAAUUCACCCACUCUCCUUUCCUGGCAGCCAUUGCAGCCCCCAUGGGGAUGCAGCUAAAAAUGGUAUCCCCAUGGUUAUCAACAUCACCAGGUAUCUGAAGAAGUGUGCAUGCACACUAAAGCUCACACCAAUAACAAACUUAGUUGGUCUCUAAGGUGCUACUGGAAGGAUUUUUUUUUUAUUUUGUUUCUUCCUCAUAAUGUUUAGAAAUCCUCAAUGACUUUGUGAGUUCCUCCAUCUCAGUUACUGUCAGCCAACAAAGAGGAGCAGGGUUAGGGAAAGUUGCAAUAUGUUGACCAUGAGUAAUGAUGGGUAUUGACUGAGGAGUUGCACAUCUACUGGCAGUUGUCCCUGUGGCUGGUUUCAUUGCAUGCAUGUUCAUUACUUGACUCCAGUAUCAAGUGAUGACAUGCCUGGGGGGGACGGGUCCUCACAGAUCUAACCCCACACACUGAACUUUCAUUCCCUCCCUCUCAUCACUUUUAACAUAGCGCUUUUCACACAAAGUUUGCACACUCAGCCACUAACUUUCGACCGCUUAACACUCAAGUGUACAGGAAACCCAACUUCCCACCAAUUACCCUUGGCACAUCCAACACACACUCUGAGAACAGCUGGUGUAUUCAGCAACUUCUAAAAUGUCUGCAAGGUAGGGUACAGCCACCUUUACAUGCCCCAGGGGCAUUCAAAGCACUCAGCCUACCAGAAGUCCACUGAAGCUUCGUAGUUAUUAUGACACCAGUUACGAAGUGUAGUUGUUGAACCAGCAUUUAGGUAUGGGGGAGUCUACUGUGUUUUGCCUGAUUUUUUUAUUUUUAUUUUGUUUGCUUGGUUAAGAAUGGCUUUCUCAGAGACCCUACCUUUAGGCAUAGGCAACCUUCGGCCCUCCAGAUGUUUUGGACUACAAUUCCCAUCAUCCCUGACCACUGGUCCUGUUAGCUAGGAAACAUGGGAGUUGUAAGCCAAAACAUUUGGAGGGCUGAAGGUUGCCUAUGCCUAAAGGUAGGGUCUCCGAGAAAGCCAUUCUUAACCAAGAAAAAACAUCUGUAGGCCAAAACAUCUGGAGGGCCGAAGGUUGCCUAUGCCUGCUCUAAAAUGUCUGCAGGUAGGGUACAUGCCCCAGGGACAUUCAAAGCACUCAGACUACCAGAAGUCCAUUGAAGCUUCAUAGUUAUCAUGGCACCAGUUAUGAAGUGUAGUUGUUGAACCAGCAUUUAGGUAUGGGGGAGUCUACUGUGUUUUGCCUGAUGUUUUUUGUUUUGCUUGGUUAAGAAUGGCUUUCUCGGAGACCCUACCUUUCAAGUGACAUUCAGAAUCUUUUCUUUUGCAGCCAUUUCGUAGAGUGACGUUUUCAGUUGUGAGUCAGCCUCAGGACCCACAUCAAGGGUCAUUGCAGAGUUGCUAUGACAGCGGUCUGGAGGAGUCAGAAACACCAAGCAGUAAGAGUUCUUCAGGGCCGCGGCUGGGUGCCCUUCCACUCCCAGAGGACAACUACGAAAGGACUACGCCGGAUGGCAGUGUUGGUGAGGCAGAGCAUAUGGAAAAUGGUAGGGGCAUACACAACACCCCACACACAUACUCGAUUUACACUAGCGAGUCCAACAUGAAGUAGAUUUGUCAAGAGGUCAGAAUCAUCAUCCUCAUAAUGCAAAGGUGAUGAAGCUUAAAUUUAGGGCUGGAUCCAGCCAAAUUUUAGGCACUUUUAAGGCCCAUUUCAAUGGGAUGAUAUGUAAACAUCGACACUGAACCUUUAACGGAAAUAACUGGGACGUGAAUGUGCUUAAGUUUUGAUUGGAUCAUGCUCCUAAUAUUAACCCGACCAGGUUGAUUAAGAUGGGGGAGGGGAGAGAAACAUGCAACUAUAAAGCAUAUUUAAACAGUAUUAAUGACACAGUUAAAUAAAUACAUCUAAAAAUAUCAGCACAUAGCCGAUGAAACCUAUUUAAAUUCUUAUUUUUUAAAAAUAAUAUGUAGACAUAAUUUCUUUUUAGUUGUGCGCCUUUUAUUAUUAUCAUCCAGGAACUGUAUAUGUUCAGCAUUAGCUAGUAGAAAAUAGAAAUUCAACUUUCCUUUUAGAUUGUUGUCUCUUCCCUGCUUGCAUGCACAGGGUUUUCAAAAUAGAGUGUAUGUUGCUUACUUCCUAUAUUCUGCUCAUAGCAAGGGGCGGAGGUUGCAGCAUCGGGAGGUGGGAAUUGUAAGAAAGUCUGCGAUACAAAGGAGUGUGUGUGUUUGUGUGUGUGGCCAUAUAUUGUUGUCCGCUAUGGAAGGCAAAGUACCAAAAACAUCAACUCUUCCAUGGCAGACAAUAUUGAAUCUUCGGCUCCAUUUCUGUGCUUACUCACCGGUUAAUAGCUGGUGGCUGGAGACAGCAAUGAGAGCAACUUGCUUAGUCUCCCUUUUGUAUCAGAAUUUUUGAUUUCCAUUUCCCCCCAUAAUGGUAUUCUGUAAUCCCAAAUUCCAACAGAGGGACAGAUUAUUAAAAGAAGUGGCUAAGGUUAGCGUGGGUGGUUAGGGAAAUAUAUACAUCAGGGAUCCCAGCUGCCCCUUUCCUGCAGAGGUUGAGCGCCUUGCUCCAGUCCCUAGUGCCGUUUCUCAGUCCAACCCUGCCUGUGCCCCGGUCUUUGGGUGUCUGCAUGAUACUGCCCUCCUGUGCAUGUAUUGUGUCCAGUGUGAGAGCACAGGAUAG